AUGGCUGGAGCUUUGAUCGGAGAGGCCUUUAUUUCUGCUUCCAUCCAGGUGAUUUGUGACAGAAUUACUUCACCCGACUUCAUCGACUUAUUUCGGCACAAGAAACUCGAUCAACCUCUCAUCAUGAAACUGAAGAGGACCCUGUUGACCUUGAUCGCAGUGCUCGAUGAUGCAGAGGAGAAGCAAAUUGAGAAACCAGCUGUGAGAGAGUGGCUUGACGACCUCAAACAUGCAGUCUUUGAUGCUGAGGACUUGCUGGAUGAGAUCAACUAUGAAGCUUUGCGAUGCAAACUGGAAGGUGAAGCUCAAACAGCCAACAAAUUAACCAACAAGGUGUGGAACUUCCUCCCUACUUCUCGUAAUAAGUUUUAUCAAAGCAUGAAUGUUAAGAUACAAGAGUUGUUGCAAAGAUUAGAAGAUUUUGUACAACUGAAAGGUGCUCUUGGUCUGAGAGAAGAUGUUGGGAGAAAGACAACCCUUGCUCGAAUGCUUUACAAUGACAAUAAGGUGAAAGAGCAUUUUACCCUUAAGGCUUGGGCUUGUGUUUCAGAAGAUUAUGAUGCUAUCAGGGUAACUAAAACUCUUCUCGAGUCAGUGACUUCAAAACCUUGUAAAAAGACAGAUCUGAAUUUGCUUCAAGUUGAGCUAAGUGAAGAACUGAGGGGGAAGAAAUUUUUGUUUGUAUUGGAUGACCUUUGGAAUGAGAAAUAUACUGAUUGGAACUACCUCCAAACUCCUUUUACUUCAGGGGCAAGGGGAAGUAAAGUCCUCGUAACAACACGGAACAAAAAUAUAGCAUCUUUCAUGCAAAAUGUUCCUAUUCAAACCUUGGAACCAUUGUCGCAUGAAGAUUGCUGGUUCUUACUUGCAAAACAUGCAAAUGUAAACUCUAGUUCACAUCCAACCUUGGAAGAAAUUGGCAAGAAAAUUGCACGCAAGUGCAAUGGGUUGCCUUUAGCUGCACAAACACUUGGCGGUGUGUUACGUUCGAGGCCAGACUCUGAGGUAUGGAACAGAGUACUAAACAGCAGCAUUUGGGAGUUACCUUACGAGAAAAGUGACAUUCUUCCCGCUCUAGGAUUGAGUUAUCAUUAUCUUCCAGCUAAGUUAAAGCAAUGCUUUAUUAUUGUUCAAUUUUGCCAAAGGACUAUGAAUUCAUGGUAG